AGCACGCAGUUUACUUCUCUCGUGGGCCCCGAUGGCGGAGUCUUUGGUCAACAUGGAGCUCCUCCCGGACGACGUGCUCAUAACCGUCCUGCAGUUCCUGGACGUGGAGGACGUUCUCGCCUGCCGCCUCGUGUGCAAGAGGCUCUGCGGCCUGGCCCUGGACCAGUACGUCUGGCGCCACCGAUCGCUCGCCGACGACCACCCACGCGCGGGCGCCGUGCUGCUCCUGGCCCCGUGCCUCAAGAUGCUGACGGUGACGGGCCGAGUCCCGACCCUGGCGGCGACGACGACCGGGUGCGCCGUGGAAAGUUUGGAAUUGCGCAGCAGGGAUGCUGAUCCCUUCAGCCCCGCGGAGUACUCCUUGGCGGUGCUCAAGCAGGAAGCCCUCGGGCGCCUCAGGAGACUCAAGGUCGCGGGUAUGGACCGUGGUGUGUCCACCGGGCCCGACGUGCUGGCGAGGACGAUUGCGUCGUGUUCCGGGCUGGAGUCGCUCGAGGUCCUGGGCUGGCUCCCGGAACUCUCCCGACCCAUCGUGCGCGGGCCGUCCGCGCCCUCGCUGACCAGGUUCCACUGCCUGGCCAACGAGCGCGCGGCGUCCUUUGUGUACUCCAUACUGGCCUCGCACGCUCCUACCCUGGAGGAGGUUAGCACAGGCACGGACUUCCCCUUCCAGGAGACGGUGACGGCGAAGUUUCUGGCUAAGCUACCGAGACUCCGCAGUCUGCGGUGUGAGAAUCCGAUUGGGGGGCUAGAGGCCGUAGCUGCGAGCCCGACGCUCUGCGAGGUCAGUUUUGAGCUGUACCCAGAAGAUUUAGAUCAGUUCAAUAUAUUGCAACAGUUUCUUCACCGAGCCGGCCAUCUGCGCAGUGUGCACCUGAGCAACUGCGCGGAAGGCCUCUUCACAGAUGUUCUCUUCGCGGAGGUGGUCGAGGCCCUCCUGGCUGGGCCUUCCCGCCACCUGGAGCGGCUGGCCCUGCAAGGGUUUAAGGAAGUGCGCCCGCUGCUCCUGGCGCUGCCCUUGCUGCGCUCCCUGCACCACCUGGACCUGGACGCCGAGCCCGACGAGGACGUGCUGAAGGGCAUCACCCCCGCCACGGCCCCGGCCCUGACCCUGCUGGAGCUGGGGCAGCUGCCGGUGGGGCAGUGCCCCCACGCCUGGAUGCACGGGCCCGCGGUGCAGGCGAUGCUCCGGCAGAACCCCUCUCUGCACAUUCUGUUACGGCUCAACACCUUCAGCAUCAUGUGUGAUCCUCUGGACUGCGGCAGCUGCGGCCUCGCCUGCCAUCAAGAAGUGAGGUGGGGGUGGGAGGAGGAGAGGAAGGUCUCCAUCGGCAUCUUCUCCCACGGCCCUGCCCAAUGUCCAGCACCUGACGACCACGCUCUUGCCUUCGACUGGCAGAGGGGUGAUGAUGGCAAAGCUAUGGUAACGUGGAUCCACAUGUGAUGUACUUGUGCCCUUGAUUGUGGAUGUCUCGUACUCUUAGUUUUGUUUCGCAAGACAUGUAAAAUUGGUCAUGUUUACAUUUUGUUUGUGUCAGGUUUAUUAGACCGUCAAUAAACCGUUAAUUGUUACUGACUGUAAGUAGUAAUGUUCCACAAGACAUGUAAAACCUGUCAUCUUUAGAUUUCUUUUGUGUGUCAGGUUUAUUAGACAGUCAUUACACUGUAAAUUGUUACUGACUGUAAAUAUAGU